GGCCCCGCCUCCUCGUGGGCGUCCGCGGGAACGCGCUUUGCUGGGUCAGCGUCGGUGCAAAGAGCAUGCAGCUGUGAGGGCGGCUGACGGAGUGGUUGCAAGGGUUGCAGCAGGACCAGCAGAAGCAGCCCCGCCGGCCUUCCUGCCCCCAGCGCCCCCGAGAAGAUGUCCCUUUCCCAAAAGCUCACCCUGGACAAGAUAGAUGUGAAGGGAAAGCGGGUUGUCAUGAGGGUGGACUUCAAUGUGCCCAUGAAGAACAACCAGAUCACCAACAACCAGAGGAUCAAGGCUGCCAUCCCUAGCAUCCAAUACUGCCUGGAUCACGGCUGCAAGUCGAUUGUGCUCUUGAGCCACCUAGGCCGACCAGAUGGCAUUCCCAUGCCAGACAAAUUCUCUUUGGAGCCUGUGGCUGCUGAGCUCAAAUCCUUACUUGGCAAAAAUGUUGAGUUCCUCAAGGACUGUGUGGGACCCGAUGUGGAGAAAGCCUGUGCUGACCCGCCUGCUGGUUCCAUCUUCCUGCUGGAGAAUCUCCGCUUCCAUGUGGAAGAAGAAGGAAAAGGCAAAGAUGCAUCCGGGGCAAAGAUCACCGCCGAUCCAGCCAAAGUAGAGGCUUUCCGGGCUUCCCUUUCCAAGCUGGGGGAUGUCUAUGUCAAUGAUGCUUUUGGUACUGCUCACCGGGCCCACAGCUCCAUGGUGGGAGUGAACCUGCCCCAGAAAGCUUGUGGUUUCCUCAUGAAGAAGGAGCUAGAGUACUUUGCUAAAGCCCUGGAGAACCCAGUGCGACCUUUCCUGGCCAUCUUGGGUGGAGCUAAAGUUGCAGACAAGAUCCAGCUGAUUAACAACAUGCUAGACAAAGUCUGUGAGAUGAUCAUCGCUGGGGGGAUGGCUUUCACCUUCCUUAAGGUUGUCUCCAACAUGGAGAUUGGCAAUUCUUUAUUUGAUGAAGAAGGGGCCAAGAUUGUUAAAGACCUGAUGACAAAGGCCGAGAAGAAGGGUGUGAAGAUAACCCUACCAGUUGACUUUGUCACUGCAGAAAAAUUUGACGAGCAUGCCAAUGCAGGCGAAGCCACGGUGGAGUCUGGCAUACCUGCUGGAUGGAUGGGUUUGGACUGUGGUCCCCAAAGCAGCAAGAAAUUUGCUGAAGUUGUGGCCCGGGCCAAGCUAAUUGUGUGGAAUGGUCCUGUUGGAGUGUUUGAGUGGGAAACCUUUGCGAAGGGAACAAAAGAGUUAAUGAACAACGUGGUUGAGGCUACCACUAAGGGCUGCAUCACAAUCAUAGGUGGUGGGGAUACUGCCACUUGCUGUGCCAAAUGGAACACUGAAGAUAAGGUCAGCCAUGUGAGCACUGGAGGCGGUGCCAGUCUAGAGCUUCUGGAAGGCAAAGACCUCCCUGGCGUGACUGCCCUGAGCAAUAUCUAAGGGAUGGAGUUUUCCACCUAUUGGUUCCUGUAUACAGUCCAUAAGACUGUGGGACCCCAGUUUAACUUCUUUAGUGUUUCUAAACACAUCGUUGUGGUUUGUAGAAUAUAUAUGUAUGUUUUGCCUGUACAAAGGUAAAAGAAAGUAAAAAAAAGCUGUUAACUAUAUUCUAUUUAUCUUUUGAAAUUCAUUGUAUCAUUCAGCUUUGUUAGUACUUUAGUGACUUUCUUUCAAUACAGUAUGAAAACCUUGUUUUUUGCCACUGUUGUAAUUUAGAAUAUUUGUGUGUUCUAUAUCUUAUCUUUAUGACUGAAAAAGUUAAAGGCUCUAUUAUUCGUGUUCUCUCUUUCUUUUGAAGCUGUACAAUUCGGCUUUGUUAGUAUUGUAGCAACUAGUUUUAUCACUACCCAUGGUAUAGAAACAAGAUGAUUACUGUUUCAGAGGGCAGGCUACUUAUGUUCUGUUAAUUAAACAUAAGAGUGCCGAGAGAGAGAGAGAGAGAGAGAGAGAGAGAGAGAGAGAGAGACAGAGACAGAGAGAGAGAGAGACAGAGACAGAGAGACAGAGAGAGGAAACUUGUAACAAAACCUAAACUCUUAGGAUCCAGAUCAGCCACAGCUGAGACUCAGCUCCUCUGGGCCUAGAACCUAUCUGCUAUGUGUUUGGUCCUGUAGCACUACAGUGUUUACUUCUCCACCUCCUGCUUCAGGUCUCCCUUUAUUGCCUUUAUGCUCCUUAUUUUGCAGGGACAUUGAGGGACUUGCCUAAUGAAUAUAAAAUCAGCUUCAUCUCUACAUUUUGGGUUCUCUAGAAGGAUACAAGUGAUGUAAAUAUGUGAUCUGCUCUUUUCCAUUUCAAUUUAAAAUAUGAUGUCAUAGGGACUGGAGUGAUAACCUCGAACAAGGGUGGCUGAUUCCCAGAGAUGGAACAAAAGGACUUUUUGCUGUGAGGUUUCUCUGUUUCGCAGCCAAGUGCACAGUAUUUUUUUCCCCUAAAAUAACCCAAUAAACAAAAUAACCUGAAAUUCAUUUAUAAGAAAACAUUAUCGAGAUUUUUUUUAUCCUGUGUAAUUACUUAUGCAUUAACAUGAUUAUUUUUAAGUUUUGGUGGUUGAAAUAAACCUGAUUCAAAAUGGG